AUGUCCGCAACCGACGCAGAGUCACUGCGCGACAUCGCAACGGCAUUGCUCCCCAAAGCUGCGCCAGACUUCAAAGAGGUCCUCGCCAAGCCCGGUCGUCUCUACAUCGCCAUCCUAAGACACAACGUGCCUCAUCAGCCCGGCGACACGCGCAUCGACGCCGACUUUGUGUGGAUAAAGGGAAAUCAGAGGCUUGCCACUGCCCUCAUCUUGGGUGCUUACCGUGCCAAGUGCGAAAUCGACGACCUGCCCAUCGCUCUGAGAUGCGGUGACCUGGUCCUAAAUGACGAUACGAAGAUGGCGGAUCUGCCAAUGAAGGACCAGCUCGUGCUGCUUACCGCCGUCAACGGCCAAGCAGAGCCGCUGCCAGCAAAGUCUAGAACGCCUCUGCAGUCCGUCAACCGCCAACAAAAAGCGCCUCCUCAAGGAUCGCACGAUGACCGACCCAAGGCCACACCUCCGAAGAGCAAGGACCAAGUUCCGCAACCCCCAGUUUGCACCCCUCGAGCGACCUCGGCUAUCCAUACUGCGACAGGUACUCUGGCUACCAAACCGGAGAUCGACGAGCUCCGCCACAGGACAUCGCCGGUACAUGUAGCUCAGACCAUUCCAGCCAGUUCACGUCUCGAGCCUGAAGCUUCGGUAAUCCAGAAUCCAAUUAGGCAGGAUCAAGUCACCAAGAAUGAACCACAACUCGAUGAGAACGGGGCUGAAGCUCAAGCAUACCAACCACGCGAUCAUGACAAUCCUUUUGCAGAAUCCCAGGGCGAGGAGCCAGAGCAGAAGGUUCGGGGCCUACCUCUGCAGGCAUUUGGCCAACGAGACGACGCCUGAGAGGCUCGAGGCUGGUGUCGCAGCAGGUCUGAAAGUUCUUGCCGAAAUCGAGGCACCUCUGAAAGGCUUGAAAGAUAGUGCGGACGCCCAAAACUGGCUGACACAGAUUGAGAACGUUCGGAAGGAAGCCAUAAAGUCUCGCACUGUUGUUGGUGUUGUGGGAAACACAGGUCUGUUCACUUUCGCCCAACUUUGUGUACAGUUCUAAUCCCUUCUCACGUAGGUGCCGGCAAGAGUUCUGUCAUCAACGCCGUGCUGGAAGAGGAGCGACUUGUGCCCACGAAUUGCAUGAGGGCAUGCACGGCCGUUGUGACCGAAAUGUCCUACAACAACUCUGAGAAUCCUAACGCAAAGUAUCGGGCGGAGAUCGAGUUCAUAAAGCCAGAGGACUGGAAGAGGGAACUGCGGAUACUCUUUAGCGAAAUCUUUGAUGACAACAACAAUUUCUCGAAGGAAAUCUCCAAUCCGGAUUCUGAAGCUGUACGUAUAUCACUGAGCGACAGGAUCAUUCGAUGGGUUGACCGUCUGCUGAUCAAACCGCUUCCAGAGCAUUGCUUACGCAAAGAUUCGUGCCGUAUAUCAUAGACACACGCGAGAAAUGCUACAAGCGAGCGACGUGGACUCACUGAUGAAAGUGAAGCACGUCGAGCGGGUUCUGGGACAGGUCCAAAAGAUUGCUCAACGCGACCCGAUGGCGUUCAACGUCCGACUGCGGCAUUACGUCGAUUCCAAGGAGAAAAUCACCGAGAAGCAGAAGACUUCUAACAAGACAGGCGAGAAGAAGAGCAAGAAGAUCAAGCGCGAAUUUGAGUACUGGCCACUAAUCAAGGUGGUAAAAAUAUACACCAAGGCGGAGGCAUUGUCCACAGGCGCAGUCAUUGUCGAUCUGCCAGGAGUCUCCGAUCAGAAUGCAGCCAGGGCUGCCGUCGCUGAAGGUUACAUGAAGCAAUGUACAGGCCUUUGGAUUGUUGCACCUAUCACCCGCGCGGUUGAUGACAAGGCUGCAAAGACCCUCCUUGGAGACAGCUUCAAGCGACAGCUUAAGUACGACGGCACUUACUCAGCAGUGACUUUCAUCUGCAGCAAGACAGACGAUAUUUCGUACACGGAGGCGAUGGACAGUCUCGAUCUCGGGGAGGGUAUGGACGAGCUCGAGGAGAAGCUAGUCGACAUCUCCAACAGGAAGAGCCCACUUCUACGAGAAAUGAAGAAUGCGAAAGCUAGCAAAGAGGAUCAUGAAGAAGUCAUGCAGCAAGUGGACGACGAGAUCGAGACGUGGGAGACCCUGUCUGAAGAUCUCGCAGCAGGCAAGACUGUCUACCGUCCGAGUCAUAAGAAGCGCAAGAGAUCUUCUUCGUCCUCCUCUAAUACCGCAAACAAACGCCGUCGCCGACGUGCGAUCGAUUCGGACAACGGAGACGAGGACUAUCAUGAGGACGAAGAAGAUAUAGAAGAUGAACCCUGCGCUGAUAAUAGUUCCGAGCCUCUGACGGAGGCCGAUAUUGAGCAGAAGCUGGAUGAGUUAAAACAAGUCGAGAAAGAAGGCCGGCGAGAGAAGCGCAGCAUUGAUGCUCGCAUCCGGCAGCUACGGGACGAGCUGGACAGCCUCGGUGACGAAGAAGACCAGAUCUCAGCCAAAAAGAGCAGUCUUUGUAUUGCUGGCCGUAACGAGUAUUCAAAAUCUGCGAUUCAACAGGACUUCGCAAGCGGAAUCAGAGGUGCGACAGGAUACGGAAAAGCCCCAUGAGCUUCUGAGAGAUCAAUCGCUGACCAUGAUCACAGAAUUGGAUCUCGAAGCAGCUGAAGAAGAAGACCCUGAUAACUUCAACCCCGAAAAUGACAUUCGAGACUACGACGAGGUGGCUCGCAGCCUGCCAGUGUUCUGCGUCAGCAGUCGUGCCUACCAGAAGUUGUCUGGAAGAAUGCAAAAGGACAGCGAGGUUCCCGGUUUCACUGAAGCUGAGCAAACCGAGAUUCCGCAACUACGAGCGCACUGCAAGAAGCUGACGGUGAAGGGCCGCCAAGCGGGCUGCCGACGAUUCCUUAAUAGUUUGAAGUAAUUGCUGACUUCACUUGGCCUAUGGGCAUCCGACAAUGGCAGCGGCAUCAAGCUCACAGCACAACAGAGGGAUGCUGAGAAAUCUUUCCUAUCCCGGACGUUGAAGGAGCUCGAAAAGGCUCUAUCGAAGUUCCCCUCCGCAGUUCAGGCUGCUGCCAAUGACGCUGUGGGAACUGCUACUGGUUGGGGUGCCCGUAAAGACGAAGGUGGGCUUCUGUGGUCCACAUACAGAGCCACUGUCAAGCGAAAUGGCGUGUUCGCUGGUGCUUCAGGGGCUCGCGACUUCAAUGCUGAGCUCACAGAACCGAUCUACAAACAGAGUGCGUGGAAUGAUGAGAUCCACAUCUGAGCUGGAGCUCACGCUGACCUUGUUGUAGUUGCCACCAAUUGGGAAAAGUCCUUCCAGCGCAGACUUCCUCACAUCCUACAGGCUUUCUCCAAGUCUGUCGGAAGCGUGCUGAAGAACUUCCACAAUGCAGUGGAGCAGCGAAGUCGCGACAAGGGCCACGGACUGGCACGAGUCGCCAUGUUGGGAGGACAGCUGGAAGCGUAUUCAGCCAUCUUCAAAGACCUCACGAACGUCGCUACGCAGUCACUCAACGAAGGCCAACGUGAGCUCAAUCGCGAGUUUACGCCCUUCAUCGCAGAGAUCAUGUCGCCCACGUAAGCUCAAAUUUCGUGCCGGAGAGAUAUGCGACUGACCUGCCAUUAGAUACGAGUGGUGCGCCGAACAGCGCGGUCCUGGCGUUUUUGUGCGCAUGAAGAACGCCGUAAAUGAUCACGUUGCAAAACAACGGGAACACAUGUUUCAAAACGCGGCCGCAGCGGUAAGAAAAAAACUGCUCAAACUGUGCGAGUCCAUCAAGAAGACCAUGCUUGACAAGGCGGAUGAGGUCUAUGUCUCAAGUAAGUCCAUGUGAUGAUGACGGAGUCCUUCCAACCCCCGGCGAUACGGGCUCGCUAAUCUCGAUCAUAGUGCAACGAGACUAUUUGACUGUCGUUGGCGUGAACAAGACGAGCGAAAGUCGAAUGCCCCGAGAAGAGCGUGCCAUCCGGCGCCAGAUCGAUGAGAUCGUCGAAGGAGCAGACUCUGCAAUGCAGCAAGUCCUUACGACCGAGUUGAACGAGCUCAAGACAGGGUUUGAGCCCAACGGACGUGAUGCACUGGUCGCGCAGAACAGUACUGACGAGGACAUGGAGAUGGACUUGGACGGCACUGGUUCCGGAGAAGACAUUGCAGAAGAGGAGGAAGACGAGACCGGCAGUGAGGAAGAUGAAGACGACGACGACGGCGACGACGACGACGACGAUUAGGACGCCAACAGCGAAGCUGCCUCUCCAGAUCGCCAGGGUGCCGACCAUGAGGAGUUGUAG